AUGGGCAUUUACUAUUUUGACUUUUACUGCUAUGGACAGAGGCACCGACUACAUGACAACAGGUUGAGCCUCAUGGACAUUAUGGAGUAUACAGCUGUAAAGUGGGAAGGAUCUACUGGCAGCCCGAAGGAGUCGCGAGAGAAGGCACCAAGAGAGCCCAUGGAGGAGCUCGAAGAGUCCGGUGAGAGCAUGGAAGACUUUGGCGAGGAGGAGGAACCCGACAUGGAUGAGGAGGACAUUGGCGAACUCGAGGACAUGCCCGAAGCGGAGGGCCCGUCUGGCAAGAUGUCCAACCAUCCUCUCUACGAGGACUGCAUUCGGCACGCAGAGGAGGUGGAGACCAGCGUGGGCCUGUACGACAACGUGGAGGUAGGCGAAGAGGGCCGCAAGAGCCUCGCGGCGGCGCUGAAAGCCAAAGCCGUGACACUCACAAAGAAAGACUCGCCCACUUUCGAGUCUGCAUUCGCCUCCAAGCUGGAGGAGAUCCACAGUAGCAAGGGUGGCUUCGGAGCAAGCGAUGCUUGUGACUUCCUGUUGGAGCACCAUGAGGAGCUCUGA